UCUCCCACCCCAGCCCUCCCUCGGCCCACCCGCCCUGCCAGCAGCCCCCUCUCGCCAUCCUCAGACCCUAGCCCGGGACCGCGGGGGCUUGCCAUCAUGGGUGAUGGAGGAGAAGGCGAGGACGAAGUCCAGUUUUUGCGGACGGAUGACGAAGUGGUCCUGCAGUGCAGCGCCACGGUGCUCAAGGAGCAGCUCAAGCUGUGUCUGGCCGCUGAGGGUUUCGGCAACCGCCUCUGCUUCCUGGAACCCACCAGCAACGCGCAGAAUGUACCCCCCGAUCUGGCCAUCUGCUGCUUCAUCCUGGAGCAGUCCCUGUCAGUUCGAGCGCUGCAGGAGAUGCUGGCUAAUACUGUGGAGGCUGGUGUAGAGUCAUCCCAAGGCGGGGGACACAGGACACUCCUGUAUGGCCAUGCCAUCCUGCUCCGGCACGCGCACAGCCGUAUGUACCUGAGUUGCCUCACCAGCUCCCGAUCCAUUACUGACAAGUUGGCCUUUGACGUGGGACUGCAGGAAGAUGCAACAGGAGAGGCCUGUUGGUGGACAAUGCACCCUGCCUCCAAGCAGAGGUCUGAAGGAGAGAAGGUUCGUGUUGGGGAUGACCUCAUCCUUGUCAGCGUCUCCUCUGAGCGAUACCUGCACCUGUCCACCGCAAGCGGGGAGCUCCAGGUUGAUGCCUCCUUCAUGCAGACUCUGUGGAACAUGAACCCCAUCUGCUCUGGCUGUGAAGAAGGCUUUGUGACGGGAGGCCAUGUCCUCCGCCUCUUUCAUGGACACAUGGAUGAAUGUCUGACCAUUUCCCCUUCGGACAGUGAUGACCAACGCAGACUUGUCUACUACGAGGGAGGGCCUGUGUGCACUCACGCCCGCUCCCUUUGGAGGCUAGAGCCGCUGAGAAUCAGCUGGAGUGGAAGCCACCUCCGAUGGGGCCAGCCUCUGCGAAUCAGGCAUGUGACCACGGGGCGGUACCUUGCGCUCACUGAGGACCAAGGCCUUGUGGUGGUUGACGCCAGCAAGGCUCACACCAAAGCCACUUCCUUUUGCUUCCGCAUCUCCAAGGAGAAGCUGGAUGUAGCUCCCAAGAGAGAUGUGGAGGGCAUGGGGCCCCCUGAGAUCAAGUAUGGAGAGUCCCUCUGCUUUGUCCAGCACGUGGCCUCAGGCCUGUGGCUCACCUAUGCUGCACCGGACCCCAAGGCCCUGAGGCUUGGCGUGCUCAAGAAGAAGGCCAUGCUGCACCAGGAAGGCCACAUGGAUGAUGCACUGUCACUGACCCGAUGCCAGCAGGAGGAGUCCCAGGCUGCCCGAAUGAUAUACAGCACAGCGGGCUUGUACAACCAGUUCAUAAAGGGUCUCGACAGCUUCAGCGGGAAGCCGCGGGGCUCGGGGCCACCGGCUGGGUCAGCGCUGCCCAUCGAGGGCGUCAUCCUGAGCCUACAGGACCUCAUCGGCUACUUCGAGCCGCCUUCGGAGGAGCUGCAGCAUGAGGAGAAGCAGACCAAGCUCCGCAGCCUGCGCAACCGACAGAGCCUCUUCCAGGAGGAGGGGAUGCUCUCCCUGGUCCUGAACUGCAUUGACCGCCUCAACGUCUACACCACUGCUGCCCACUUUGCCGAAUUUGCAGGAGAGGAGGCAGCUGAAUCUUGGAAAGAGAUUGUGAACCUGCUGUAUGAACUCCUAGCUUCUCUGAUUCGUGGUAAUCGCACCAACUGUGCCCUCUUCUCCACGAACUUGGAUUGGCUGGUCAGCAAGUUGGAUCGUCUGGAGGCCUCCUCUGGCAUACUGGAAGUGCUGUACUGCGUCCUGAUUGAGAGUCCCGAGGUUCUGAACAUCAUCCAGGAGAACCACAUCAAGUCCAUCAUCUCCCUCCUAGACAAGCAUGGGCGGAAUCACAAGGUCCUGGAUGUGCUAUGCUCACUGUGUGUGUGCAAUGGUGUGGCCGUGCGCUCUAACCAGGAUCUCAUUACGGAGAACUUGCUCCCGGGCCGAGAACUCCUCCUGCAGACAAACCUCAUCAACUAUGUCACCAGCAUCCGACCCAACAUCUUUGUGGGCCGGGCAGAGGGCUCCACGCAGUACGGCAAAUGGUACUUUGAAGUGAUGGUGGACGAGGUGGCCCCGUUUCUGACGGCUCAGGCCACUCACCUGCGGGUGGGUUGGGCCCUCAGCGAGGGCUACAGCCCCUACCCUGGAGGCGGCGAGGGCUGGGGCGGCAAUGGGGUUGGCGAUGACCUCUAUUCUUACGGCUUUGAUGGACUGCAUCUCUGGACAGGGCAUGUGGCACGCCCGGUGACUUCUCCAGGACAGCACCUCCUGGCCCCGGAGGAUGUGGUCAGCUGCUGCCUGGACCUCAGUGUACCAUCCAUCUCCUUCCGUAUCAAUGGCUGCCCCGUGCAGGGCGUUUUCGAAUCCUUCAACCUCGAUGGGCUCUUUUUCCCUGUCGUGAGCUUCUCAGCUGGCAUCAAAGUGCGAUUCCUCCUGGGUGGCCGCCACGGUGAAUUCAAGUUCCUGCCCCCACCCGGCUAUGCUCCAUGCCACGAAGCUGUGCUCCCCCGGGAACGACUCCAUCUCCAGCCCAUCAAGGAGUACCGUCGGGAAGGGCCUCGGGGGCCGCACCUGGUGGGCCCCAGCCGCUGCCUCUCACACUUGGACUUUGUGCCCUGUCCUGUGGACACCAUCCAGAUCGUCUUGCCUCCUCACCUGGAGCGGAUUCGGGAGAAGCUGGCGGAGAACAUUCAUGAACUCUGGGCACUGACUCGCAUUGAGCAGGGAUGGACAUACGGUCCGGUCCGGGAUGAUAACAAGAGGCUACAUCCAUGUCUUGUGGACUUCCACAGCUUGCCAGAGCCUGAGAGGAAUUACAACUUGCAGAUGUCAGGGGAGACGCUCAAGACUCUGCUGGCCCUGGGCUGCCACGUGGGCAUGGCUGAUGAGAAGGCUGAGGACAACCUGAAGAAGACAAAACUCCCCAAGACGUAUAUGAUGAGCAACGGAUACAAGCCGGCUCCGCUGGACCUGAGUCACGUGAGGCUGACGCCUGCGCAGACAACCCUGGUGGAUCGGCUGGCGGAGAAUGGGCACAACGUUUGGGCGAGGGACCGUGUGGCGCAGGGCUGGAGCUAUAGUGGCGUGCAGGACAUCCCUGCACGCAGGAACCCUCGCCUCGUGCCCUACCGCCUGCUGGAUGAGGCCACCAAGCGCAGCAAUCGGGACAGUCUCUGCCAGGCUGUGCGCACCCUGCUGGGCUAUGGCUACAACAUUGAGCCACCCGACCAGGAGCCCAGUCAGGUGGACAGCCAGUCUCGUGGGGACCGGGCCCGCAUCUUCCGGGCGGAGAAGUCCUAUGCAGUCCAGAGCGGCCGCUGGUACUUUGAGUUCGAAGCAGUCACCACAGGAGAGAUGCGUGUGGGCUGGGCAAGGCCUGAGCUGAGACCUGAUGUAGAGCUGGGAGCCGAUGAUUUGGCCUAUGUCUUCAAUGGGCAUCGAGGCCAGCGCUGGCACCUGGGCAGUGAGCCAUUCGGACGCCCCUGGCAGCCAGGUGACGUUGUGGGCUGCAUGAUCGAUCUCACAGAGAACACCAUUAUCUUCACCCUCAAUGGCGAGGUCCUCAUGUCUGACUCAGGCUCGGAGACAGCCUUCCGUGACAUCGAGAUUGGAGACGGCUUCCUGCCAGUCUGCAGCUUGGGACCUGGUCAGGUGGGUCACCUGAACCUGGGCCAGGAUGUGAGCUCCCUGCGUUUUUUUGCCAUCUGUGGCCUUCAGGAAGGCUUUGAGCCAUUUGCCAUCAACAUGCAACGCCCAGUUACCACCUGGUUUAGCAAGAGCCUUCCUCAGUUUGAGCCUGUGCCCCUUGAGCACCCCCACUAUGAGGUGGCCCGCAUGGACGGCACGGUGGAUACACCUCCCUGCCUCCGCCUGACGCACCGCACCUGGGGCUCGCAGAACAGCCUGGUGGAGAUGCUGUUCCUCCGGCUAAGCCUUCCGGUCCAGUUCCACCAGCACUUCCGCUGCACCGCAGGGGCCACACCCCUGGCAUCCCCUGGCCUGCAGCCCCCUGCCGAAGAUGAGGCCCGGGCAACAGAACCCGAUACUGACUAUGACAACCUUCGCCGCUCAGCUGGAGGCUGGGGGGAGGCCGAGGGGGGCAAAGAAGGAACUGCCAAAGAGGGGGCACCCGGAGGUACUGCCCAGGCUGGGACAGAGGCCCAGCCCACCAGGGCGGAGAAUGAGAAAGAUGCUACCACUGAGAAGAACAAGAAGAGAGGGUUCUUAUUCAAGGCCAAGAAGGUCGCCAUGAUGACCCAACCACCUACCACCCCUGCUCUUCCCCGACUCCCUCGAGAUGUGGUGCCCGCAGACAACCGUGAUGACCCUGAGAUCAUUCUCAACACCACCACGUACUAUUACUCUGUGAGGGUCUUCGCGGGUCAGGAGCCCAGCUGCGUGUGGGUGGGCUGGGUCACCCCUGACUACCAUCAACACGACAUGAACUUCGACCUCAGCAAGGUCCGGGCAGUGACUGUGACCAUGGGGGACGAACAAGGCAACGUGCAUAGCAGCCUCAAGUGUAGCAACUGCUACAUGGUGUGGGGCGGGGAUUUUGUGAGUCCCGGACAGCAAGGCCGGAUCAGCCACACGGACCUCGUCAUUGGCUGCCUGGUGGAUUUGGCCACUGGCUUAAUGACUUUUACAGCCAACGGCAAAGAGAGCAACACCUUUUUCCAGGUGGAACCCAACACAAAACUGUUUCCUGCCGUCUUUGUCCUGCCCACCAACCAGAACGUGGUCCAGUUUGAGUUGGGGAAGCAGAAGAACAUCAUGCCAUUGUCAGCCGCCAUGUUCCAGAGUGAGCGCAAGAACCCGGCCCCUCAGUGCCCACCGAGGCUGGAGGUCCAGAUGCUGACGCCCGUCUCCUGGAGUCGAAUGCCCAACCACUUCUUACAUGUGGACACUCGGCGUGCUGGAGAGCGGCUUGGCUGGGCGGUGCAGUGCCAGGAGCCGCUGAUGAUGAUGGCUCUGCAUAUCCCAGAGGAGAACAGGUGCAUGGACAUCCUGGAGCUGUCAGAGCGGCUGGACCUACAGCGCUUCCAUUCGCACACGCUCUCUCUCUACCGCUCAGUGUGCGCCCUAGGCAACAACCGGGUGGCCCACGCUCUGUGCAGCCACGUGGACCAGGCGCAGCUGCUGCACGCCCUGGAGGACGCACACUUGCCAGGUCCUCUGCGCGCGGGCUACUACGACCUCCUCAUCAGCAUCCACCUGGAAAGCGCCUGCCGCAGCCGCCGCUCCAUGCUCUCGGAGUACAUCGUGCCCCUCUCGCCGGAGACCCGCGCCAUCACGCUCUUCCCGCCCGGACGGAGCGCGGAAGACGGGCCCCGCCGCCAUGGCCUGCCUGGCGUCGGCGUCACGACCUCGCUGAGACCUCCACACCAUUUCUCACCCCCGUGUUUUGUGGCCGCCUUGCCAGGGGCUGGGGCCGCAGAAGCCCCGGCCCGCCUCAGCCCUGCCAUCCCUCUGGAGGCUCUCCGAGACAAGGCGCUAAGAAUGUUGGGCGAAGCCGUGCGAGAUGGAGGACAGCAUGCUCGCGACCCCGUCGGGGGUUCUGUGGAGUUCCAGUUCGUGCCGGUGCUCAAGCUUGUGUCCACCCUCCUGGUGAUGGGCGUCUUCAGCGACGAAGACGUGAAACAGAUCCUGAAGAUGAUUGAGCCUGAGGUGUUCACUGAGGAAGAAGAGGCAGAGGAGGAGGAGGAGGAGGAAGACGAGGAGGAGGAGGAAGACGAGGAGGAGAAAGAGGAGGAUGAGGAGGAGGAGGCGCACGAGAAGGAAGAUGAGGAAAAGGGGGAGGAGGCGGCAGCUGGAGAGGAGAAGGACGAGCUGGAGGAGGGGCUGCUCCAGAUGAAGCUGCCUGAGUCCGUGAAGCUGCAGAUGUGCCACCUCCUGGAAUAUUUCUGUGAUCAAGACCUGCAGCACCGCGUGGAGUCCUUGGCGGCCUUUGCAGAGCGCUACGUGGACAAGCUCCAGGCCAACCAACGGGGGCGCUAUGGCCUCCUCAUGAAAGCCUUCACCAUGAGUGCAGCCGAGACUGCAAGGCGCACCCGAGAGUUCCGCUCUCCACCCCAGGAGCAGAUCAACAUGCUAUUGCAGUUCAAAAAUGGUGCAGAUGAGGAAGAUUGUCCUCUCCCUGAAGAGAUCCGGGAGGAUCUGGCUAACUUUCACCAAGACCUGCUGGCACACUGCGGAAUCCAGCUGGAGGGAGAGGAGGAGGAGCCCGAGGAAGAGACCACGCUGGGGAGCCGCCUCAUGAGCCUGUUGGAGAAAGUGCGGCUGGUGAAGAAGAAAGAGGAGAAACCCGAGGAGGAGCCAGCAGCUGAGGAGCACAAACCUCAGUCCUUGCAGGAGCUGGUGUCCCACACGGUGGUGCGCUGGGCCCAGGAGGACUUUGUCCAGAGCCCUGAACUGGUCCGUGCCAUGUUCAGCCUCCUGCACCGACAGUAUGACGGGCUUGGCGAGCUGCUGCGUGCCUUACCCCGGGCCUACACGAUCUCUCUGUCCUCGGUGGAGGACACCAUGAGCCUGCUGGAGUGCCUGGGCCAGAUCCGCUCACUGCUUAUUGUGCAGAUGGGUCCCCAGGAGGAGAACCUCAUGAUCCAGAGCAUUGGGAACAUCAUGAAUAACAAAGUCUUCUACCAGCACCCAAACCUGAUGAGAGCGCUGGGUAUGCAUGAAACCGUCAUGGAGGUCAUGGUGAACGUCCUUGGGGGUGGCGAGUCAAAGGAGAUCCGCUUCCCCAAGAUGGUGACAAGCUGCUGCCGGUUCCUCUGCUACUUCUGCCGAAUCAGCCGGCAGAACCAGCGCUCCAUGUUUGACCACUUGAGCUACCUGCUGGAGAACAGUGGCAUUGGCCUGGGCAUGCAGGGCUCCACACCCCUGGAUGUGGCAGCGGCUUCUGUCAUCGACAACAAUGAGCUGGCCUUAGCAUUACAAGAGCAAGACCUGGAGAAGGUUGUGUCAUACCUGGCAGGCUGUGGCUUACAGAGCUGCCCCAUGCUCCUGGCCAAAGGAUACCCUGAUAUCGGAUGGAAUCCCUGCGGGGGCGAACGCUACCUGGACUUCCUGCGCUUUGCUGUCUUUGUCAAUGGUGAAAGCGUGGAAGAGAACGCCAACGUGGUGGUCCGGCUGUUAAUCCGGAAGCCUGAGUGCUUCGGCCCCGCCCUGCGGGGUGAGGGCGGCUCAGGGCUGCUGGCUGCCAUCGAGGAGGCCAUCCGCAUCUCUGAGGACCCUGCAAGAGAUGGGCCAGGCGUCCGCAGGGACCGGCGACGUGAGCACUUCGGUGAGGAGCCUCCUGAGGAAAACCGGGUGCACCUGGGACAUGCCAUCAUGUCCUUCUACGCUGCCUUGAUCGACCUGCUGGGACGCUGUGCUCCUGAGAUGCAUCUGAUCCAAGCGGGAAAGGGCGAGGCCCUGAGAAUCCGUGCCAUCCUCCGGUCCCUUGUGCCCUUGGAGGACCUCGUGGGCAUCAUCAGCCUCCCGCUACAGAUCCCCACCCUGGGCAAAGACGGGGCUCUGGUACAGCCAAAGAUGUCUGCAUCCUUCGUGCCUGACCACAAGGCAUCCAUGGUGCUUUUCCUGGACCGAGUGUACGGCAUUGAGAACCAGGACUUCUUGCUCCACGUGCUGGAUGUGGGGUUCCUUCCUGACAUGAGGGCAGCUGCCUCGCUGGACACGGCUACUUUCAGCACCACGGAGAUGGCGCUGGCGCUGAACCGCUACCUGUGCCUGGCGGUGCUGCCGCUCAUCACCAAGUGCGCGCCGCUCUUUGCCGGCACCGAGCACCGCGCCAUCAUGGUGGACUCCAUGCUGCACACGGUGUACCGCCUGUCGCGUGGCCGCUCGCUCACCAAGGCACAGCGGGAUGUCAUCGAAGACUGCCUCAUGGCGCUCUGCAGGUACAUCCGCCCGUCCAUGCUACAGCACCUGCUUCGACGCCUGGUGUUCGACGUGCCCAUCCUCAACGAGUUCGCCAAGAUGCCACUCAAGCUCCUGACCAACCACUAUGAGCGCUGCUGGAAGUACUACUGCCUUCCCACAGGCUGGGCCAACUUCGGGGUCACCUCUGAGGAAGAGCUGCACCUCACACGCAAGCUCUUCUGGGGCAUCUUUGACUCUCUGGCGCAUAAGAAAUACGACCAGGAGCUCUACCGGAUGGCCAUGCCCUGUCUGUGUGCCAUUGCUGGGGCGCUGCCCCCCGACUACGUAGACGCCUCAUACUCAUCCAAGACAGAGAAAAAAGCCACCGUGGACGCUGAAGGCAACUUUGAUCCCCGGCCUGUGGAGACCCUCAAUGUCAUUAUCCCAGAGAAGCUGGACUCCUUCAUUAACAAGUUUGCAGAGUACACCCACGAGAAGUGGGCCUUCGACAAGAUUCAGAACAACUGGUCCUAUGGCGAGAACGCGGAUGAAGACUUGAAGACCCACCCCAUGCUGAGACCCUACAAGACCUUUUCAGAGAAGGACAAAGAGAUUUACCGCUGGCCCAUCAAGGAGUCCCUGAAGGCCAUGAUUGCCUGGGAGUGGACGGUGGAGAAGGCCAGGGAAGGUGAGGAGGAAAAGACAGAGAAGAAAAAGACGAGAAAGAUAUCCCAAACUGCCCAGACAUACGACCCUCGAGAAGGCUACAACCCCCAGCCCCCAGACCUCAGCGGGGUUACACUGUCCCGGGAGCUGCAGGCCAUGGCCGAGCAGCUGGCGGAAAACUACCACAACACGUGGGGGCGGAAGAAGAAGCAAGAGCUGGAAGCCAAAGGAGGGGGAUCCCAUCCCCUGCUGGUCCCUUACGACACGCUAACGGCCAAGGAAAAGGCACGGGACCGAGAGAAGGCCCAGGAGCUGCUCAAGUUCCUGCAGAUGAAUGGCUACGCUGUCACCAGAGGCCUUAAGGACAUGGAACUGGACACGUCUUCCAUUGAGAAGCGGUUCGCCUUCGGCUUCCUGCAGCAGCUGUUGCGCUGGAUGGACAUCUCCCAGGAGUUCAUCGCCCAUCUGGAGGCUGUGGUCAGCAGUGGACGAGUAGAGAAGUCUCCACAUGAACAGGAGAUUAAAUUCUUCGCUAAGAUUCUGCUUCCUUUGAUCAACCAGUACUUCACCAACCACUGUCUCUACUUCCUGUCCACACCGGCCAAAGUGCUGGGCAGUGGUGGCCACGCCUCCAACAAGGAGAAGGAAAUGAUCACCAGCCUCUUCUGUAAACUAGCCGCUCUUGUCCGCCACCGAGUGUCUCUCUUUGGGACGGAUGCCCCAGCUGUGGUCAACUGUCUUCACAUACUGGCGCGUUCCCUGGAUGCCAGAACGGUGAUGAAGUCCGGCCCUGAGAUUGUGAAGGCCGGGCUCCGCUCCUUCUUCGAGAGUGCCUCCGAGGACAUCGAGAAGAUGGUGGAGAACCUGCGGCUGGGCAAGGUGUCCCAGGCACGCACGCAGGUGAAGGGCGUGGGCCAGAACCUCACCUACACCACGGUGGCCCUGCUGCCUGUCCUCACCACCCUCUUCCAGCACAUCGCCCAGCACCAGUUCGGAGACGAUGUCAUCUUGGAUGACGUACAAGUUUCUUGUUACCGAACGCUGUGCAGUAUUUACUCUCUGGGCACCACCAGGAACCCCUACGUGGAAAAGCUGAGGCCAGCCCUCGGGGAAUGCCUGGCCCGCCUGGCCGCAGCCAUGCCCGUGGCAUUUCUGGAGCCUCAGCUGAAUGAAUUCAACGCCUGCUCCGUCUACACCACCAAGUCUCCCCGAGAGCGGGCCAUCCUGGGGCUCCCCAGCAGCGUGGAGGAGAUGUGUCCCGACAUCCCCGUGCUAGAGCGGCUCAUGGCGGAGAUCGGGGGGCUGGCCGAGUCCGGGGCCCGCUACACGGAGAUGCCACACGUCAUCGAGAUCACCUUGCCUAUGCUGUGCAGCUACCUGCCCCGCUGGUGGGAGCGAGGGCCCGAGGCGCCCCCACCAGCCCUGCCUGCGGGGGCUCCGCCGCCUUGUACAGCGGUCACCUCGGACCACCUCAAUUCCCUGCUGGGGAACAUCCUUCGGAUCAUCGUCAACAACCUGGGCAUCGACGAGGCCUCGUGGAUGAAGCGGCUGGCGGUGUUCGCCCAGCCCAUUGUGAGCCGCGCCAGGCCCGAGCUCCUGCACUCGCACUUUAUCCCUACCAUUGGGCGACUGCGGAAGCGUGCGGGGAAGGUGGUGGCCGAGGAGGAGCAGCUGCGCCUGGAGGCCAAGGCAGAAGCGGAGGAGGGCGAGCUCCUGGUGCGGGACGAGUUCUCCGUGCUCUGCCGCGACCUGUAUGCCCUCUACCCUCUGCUCAUCCGCUACGUGGACAACAACAGGGCACACUGGCUGACAGAACCCAAUCCCAGCGCAGAGGAGCUGUUCAGGAUGGUGGGCGAAAUCUUCAUCUACUGGUCCAAGUCCCACAACUUUAAGCGCGAGGAACAGAACUUUGUGGUCCAGAAUGAGAUCAACAACAUGUCCUUCCUGACCGCUGACAAUAAGAGCAAAAUGGCCAAGGCGGGAGACGUUCAGUCAGGUGGCUCGGACCAGGAACGCACCAAGAAGAAGCGCCGGGGUGACCGGUACUCGGUGCAGACAUCUUUAAUCGUGGCCACACUCAAGAAGAUGUUGCCAAUCGGACUAAACAUGUGUGCUCCCACGGACCAGGACCUCAUUGUGUUGGCCAAAGCCCGCUAUGCCCUGAAAGACACAGAUGAGGAGGUGCGUGAAUUCCUUCAAAACAACCUCAACCUUCAGGGAAAGGUCGAAGGCUCCCCAUCUCUUCGCUGGCAAAUGGCCCUGUACCGCGGUGUCCCAGGCCGCGAGGAAGAUGCUGAUGACCCCGAGAAAAUUGUGCGCAGAGUCCAGGAAGUGUCCGCUGUGCUCUAUCACCUGGACCAGACCGAGCACCCUUACAAGUCCAAGAAAGCGGUGUGGCAUAAACUCUUGUCCAAGCAGCGCCGGAGGGCAGUGGUAGCCUGCUUCCGCAUGACGCCCCUGUACAACCUGCCCACGCACCGAGCAUGCAACAUGUUCUUGGAGAGCUACAAGGCCUCCUGGAUCCUGACUGAAGACCACAGUUUCGAGGACCGCAUGAUAGAUGACCUAUCAAAAGCCGGGGAGCAGGAGGAAGAGGAGGAGGAAGUGGAAGAGAAGAAGCCAGACCCCCUACACCAGCUGGUCCUGCACUUCAGCCGCACUGCCCUGACUGAGAAGAGCAAACUGGAUGAGGAUUACCUGUACAUGGCGUACGCAGACAUCAUGGCAAAAAGUUGCCACCUGGAGGAGGGCGGGGAAAACGGCGAAGAAGGUGAAGAAGAGGGAUCCGAAGUGUCCUUCGAGGAGAAGGAGAUGGAGAAGCAGAGGCUCCUGUACCAACAGUCACGGCUGCACAAUCGGGGCGCCGCUGAGAUGGUGCUGCAGAUGAUCAGUGCCUGCAAAGGAGAGACAGGCGCCAUGGUGUCUUCCACCCUGAAGCUGGGCAUCUCCAUCCUCAAUGGAGGGAACGCUGACGUGCAGCAGAAAAUGCUGGAUUAUCUGAAGGACAAGAAGGAAGUGGGCUUCUUCCAGAGUAUCCAGGCGCUUAUGCAGACAUGCAGCGUCCUGGACCUCAACGCCUUCGAGAGGCAGAACAAGGCAGAGGGCCUGGGCAUGGUGAACGAGGAUGGAACUGUCAUCAAUCGCCAGAACGGAGAGAAGGUCAUGGCGGAUGAUGAAUUCACGCAAGACCUGUUCCGCUUCCUGCAGCUGCUCUGCGAGGGACACAACAACGAUUUCCAAAACUACUUACGGACACAGACGGGGAACACGACCACCAUCAACAUCAUCAUCUGCACAGUGGACUACCUCCUGCGGCUGCAGGAGUCCAUUAGUGACUUCUACUGGUACUACUCGGGCAAGGAUGUUAUCGAGGAGCAGGGCAAGAGGAACUUCUCCAAAGCCAUGUCGGUAGCUAAACAAGUGUUCAACAGCCUCACUGAGUACAUCCAGGGACCCUGCACUGGGAACCAGCAGAGUCUGGCGCACAGCCGCCUCUGGGAUGCCGUGGUCGGGUUCCUGCACGUGUUUGCCCACAUGAUGAUGAAGCUGGCUCAGGACUCCAGCCAGAUAGAGCUGCUGAAGGAGCUGCUGGACUUACAGAAAGACAUGGUGGUGAUGUUGCUGUCCCUCCUGGAAGGGAACGUGGUAAACGGCAUGAUCGCGCGGCAGAUGGUGGACAUGCUCGUGGAGUCCUCAUCCAACGUGGAGAUGAUCCUCAAGUUUUUUGACAUGUUUCUGAAACUCAAGGACAUCGUGGGCUCGGAGGCCUUCCAGGACUAUGUCACAGACCCCCGCGGCCUCAUCUCCAAGAAGGACUUCCAGAAGGCCAUGGACAGCCAGAAGCAGUUCUCUGGCCCAGAGAUCCAGUUCCUGCUUUCCUGCUCCGAAGCGGAUGAGAAUGAAAUGAUCAACUGCGAAGAGUUCGCCAACCGCUUCCAGGAGCCAGCGCGGGACAUCGGCUUCAACGUGGCAGUGCUGCUGACCAACCUGUCGGAGCAUGUCCCCCACGACCCGCGCCUGCGCAACUUCCUGGAGCUGGCUGAGAGCAUCCUGGACUACUUCCGGCCUUACUUGGGCCGCAUUGAGAUUAUGGGCUCAUCACGGCGCAUAGAGCGGAUCUACUUCGAGAUCUCAGAGACCAACCGUGCUCAGUGGGAGAUGCCCCAGGUGAAGGAGUCCAAGCGCCAGUUCAUCUUCGACGUGGUGAACGAGGGCGGCGAGUCGGAGAAGAUGGAGAUGUUUGUAAGCUUCUGCGAGGACACGAUCUUCGAGAUGCAGAUCGCCGCUCAGAUCUCGGAGCCGGAGGGCGAGCCGGAGGAGGACGAGGACGAGGGCGCCGAGGAGGCCGAGGAGGGCGCGGCGGGCCCCGACGGAACUGGCGUUGCGGCGGCGGCGGGCGUGUGGGCAUGGCUGGCGGCGGUGGCGAGCCGCACGCUGCGGGGCCUGAGCUACCGUAGCCUGCGGCGGCGCGUACGGAGGCUGCGGAGGCUGACGGCGCGGGAGGCGGCCACGGCGGUGGCCGCGCUGCUCUGGGCGCUGGUGGCACGCGCGGGGGGCGCGGGCGCGGGAGCAGCGGCGGGGGCGCUGAGGCUGCUCUGGGGCUCGCUGUUCGGCGGCGGGCUGGUGGACAGCGCCAAGAAGGUGACGGUGACCGAGCUCCUAGCAGGCAUGCCGGACCCCACGGGCGACGAGGUGCACGGCCAGCAGCCGAGCGGCCCUGGCGGUGAUGCCGAGGGAGAGGGCGAGGGAGAGGGCGAAGGCGACACCGCCGACGGCGUGGGAGACGAAGAGGCAGCAGCGGACCAGGCUGGCACUGGAGGUGCCGAAGGGGCCGUGGCUGUGGCCGAUGGGAGCCCCUUCCGUCCAGAAGGCGCUGGUGGUCUCGGGGACAUGGGUGACACAACGCCUGUGGAGCCUCCCACGCCAGAGGGCUCUCCCAUCCUCAAGAGGAAGUUGGGGGUGGACGGAGAAGAGGAAGAGCCCCCUCCAGAGCCGGAGCCAGAGCCCGAACCUGAGAAAGCUGAUUCUGAGAACGGAGAGAAGGAAGACAUCCCCGAGCCUCCUCCGGAGCCCCCCAAGAAGACACCCCCUCCGCCCCCUCCAAAGAAGGGAGACGGUGCAGGCCUGGAAGAAUUCUGGGGAGAGCUGGAAGUGCAGAGGGUGAAAUUCUUGAACUACUUGUCGAGGAACUUUUACACGCUGCGGUUCCUGGCCCUCUUCUUGGCGUUUGCCAUCAACUUCAUCUUGUUGUUUUAUAAGGUCUCAGACUCUCCACCGGGGGAGGACGACAUAGAAAGCUCUGGAGCUGGGGACAUGUCGGGGGCAGGGUCUGGUGGUGGCUCUGGCUGGGGCUCCGGGGCCGGCGAGGAGGUGGAAGGCGGCGACGAUGAGAACAUGGUGUACUACUUCCUGGAGGAGAGCACGGGUUACAUGGAACCCGCCCUGUGGUGCUUGAGUCUGCUGCACACUCUGGUGGCUUUUCUCUGCAUCAUCGGCUACAACUGUCUCAAGGUGCCACUGGUGAUCUUCAAGCGUGAGAAGGAGCUAGCCCGGAAACUGGAGUUCGAUGGCCUCUACAUUACAGAGCAGCCUGAGGAUGAUGACGUGAAGGGACAGUGGGACCGGCUAGUGCUCAACACACCGUCCUUCCCCAGCAACUACUGGGACAAGUUUGUCAAGCGGAAGGUUCUGGACAAACACGGGGACAUCUUCGGGCGGGAACGGAUUGCGGAGCUGCUGGGCAUGGAUCUGGCCUCUCUGGAAAUCACGGCCCACAAUGAGCGCAAACCUGACCCUCCACCGGGGCUGCUGACAUGGAUCAUGUCCAUCGAUGUCAAGUACCAGAUCUGGAAGUUUGGAGUCAUCUUCACAGACAACUCUUUCCUGUAUCUGGGCUGGUACAUGGUGAUGUCCCUCCUGGGACACUACAAUAACUUCUUCUUCGCUGCCCACCUUCUGGACAUCGCCAUGGGGGUCAAGACGCUACGCACCAUCCUCUCGUCUGUGACCCACAACGGAAAGCAGCUGGUGAUGACUGUAGGGCUCCUGGCCGUGGUGGUCUACCUGUACACCGUGGUGGCCUUCAACUUCUUCCGCAAAUUCUACAACAAGAGCGAGGACGAGGACGAGCCUGACAUGAAAUGUGACGACAUGAUGACGUGCUACCUGUUCCACAUGUAUGUGGGUGUCCGGGCUGGUGGCGGCAUCGGGGACGAGAUCGAGGACCCAGCGGGCGACGAGUACGAGCUCUACCGGGUGGUCUUCGAUAUCACCUUCUUCUUCUUUGUCAUCGUCAUCCUGCUGGCCAUCAUUCAGGGUCUGAUUAUUGAUGCCUUUGGGGAGCUCCGAGACCAACAGGAGCAAGUGAAGGAAGACAUGGAGACAAAGUGCUUCAUUUGCGGAAUAGGCAGUGACUACUUCGAUACAACCCCGCAUGGGUUUGAGACCCACACCCUGGAAGAGCAUAACCUGGCCAAUUACAUGUUUUUCCUGAUGUAUUUGAUAAACAAGGAUGAGACAGAGCACACGGGUCAGGAGUCGUAUGUCUGGAAGAUGUACCAGGAAAGGUGCUGGGAUUUCUUCCCUGCUGGAGACUGUUUCCGCAAGCAGUAUGAGGACCAGCUCAGCUGAGCUCUGCAGCUGGCCCUCCCCACCUCAAGUGCCUCACUCCCCCUGGGAGCUCCUGGCCAGGUCGCUGGGCACCAGCGGUGCUGGAGUAGAUGAAUAAAGUCCGUGCCACACCCCA